GGGAUGCUGAAGGUGCUGAAAUAGCAGCGAGGACAAGGGACUUGGCUCAGUGUUAAAUAUCUGCUGAGCUGCCCGAAGGUUCUGAGAUGACAAUAGGGGGAAUGGAGAACGUGGAGGUCUUCACUUCUGAGGGCAAAGGCAGAGGUCUGAAGGCCACUAAGGAGUUCUGGGCUGCUGACGUCAUCUUUGCCGAGCGGGCUUAUUCCGCAGUGGUCUUUGACAGCCUUGUGAACGUUGUGUGCCACACUUGCUUCAAGAGGCAGGAGAAGCCCCACCGCUGCGGGCAGUGCAAGUUUGCCCAUUACUGUGACCGCACCUGCCAGAAGGAUGCUUGGCUGAACCACAAGAAUGAGUGUUCGUCCAUCAAGAGAUACGGGAAGGUGCCCAAUGAGAACAUCAGGCUGGCGGCGCGCGUCAUGUGGCGGGUGGAGAGAGAGGGCGGCGGGCUCACGGAGGGCUGCCUGGUCCCCGUGGACGACCUGCAGAACCACGUGGAACACUUCGGGGAGGAGGCGCUGAAAGAGCUGCGGGGGGACGUGGACACUUUCCUGCAGUACUGGCCGCCCCAGAGCCAGCAGUUCAGCAUGCAGUACAUCUCGCGCAUCUUCGGCGUGAUUAACUGCAAUGGUUUCACGCUCAGUGACCAGAGAGGCCUGCAGGCAGUGGGUGUGGGCAUCUUCCCCAACCUGGGCCUGGUGAACCAUGACUGUUGGCCCAACUGCACGGUCAUAUUUAACAACGGCAAUCAUGAGGCAGUGAAAUCCAUGUUUCACACCCAGAUGAGAAUUGAACUCCGAGCCCUGGGCAAGAUCUCAGAAGGAGAGGAGCUGACCGUGUCCUAUAUCGACUUCCUUAAUGUCAGUGAAGAACGCAAGAAGCAGCUGAAGAGACAGUAUUACUUUGACUGCACGUGUGAGCACUGCCAGAAAGGGCUGAAGGACGACCUCUUCCUGGGUGCGAAAGACGACCCGAAGCCCUCUCAGGAGGUGGUGAAGGAGAUGAUACAGUUCUCCAAGGAUACGCUGGAAAAAAUUGACAAGGCUCGCUCUGAGGGUUUGUACCACGAGGUUGUGAAAUUAUGCCGAGAAUGCCUACAGAAGCAGGAGCCAGUGUUUGCUGACACCAACAUCUACACUCUACGGAUAUUGAGCACCGUUUCCGAGGUCCUCUCCUACCUGCAGGCCUUUGAGGAGGCCUCACACUACGCCAGGAGGAUGGUGGAUGGCUAUAUGAAGCUGUAUCACCCCAACAGUGCCCAGCUGGGCAUGGCCAUCAUGCGGGCAGGGCUGACCAACUGGCAUGCUGGCAACAUUGAGGUGGGGCACAGCAUGAUCUGCAAAGCCUACGCCAUUCUCCUGGUGACACACGGACCCUCCCACCCCAUCACCAAGGACUUAGAGGCCAUGCGGAUGCAGACGGAGAUGGAGCUGCGCAUGUUCCGACAGAACGAGUUCAUGUACCACAAGAUGCGCGAGGCUGCCCUGAACAACCAGCCCAUGCAGGUCAUGGCUGAACCCAGCAAUGAGCCGGCGCCGGCUCUGUUCCACAAGAAGCAAUGAGGACCUGCCUGGUGGGAGAGGGGCGCCGUGGCCGGGGAACUGGGGAGACAUUCCGGAGGUGGUGGGUUUCUGGGGGAGACCCUUGAUGAGGAAACCAGCGUAACGCUCAGCCUUGUUGCCGCGGGAGUGUCCUGCUCUUUUUUCCCAGUGUCAUUUCGGUUCAUUUCAACUCAGUUCAAUUCAAUUUAACCCUAUCCCAGACCAAUCCAACUCCUCCUACAAAUAUUUAUUGGGAUAAAUAUUUAUAGGGAUAAAGAAGCUCCAAAUGUAGCUGGAGAGGCAAAAUGUAAACAAUUAAAGCGCAGUGUGAUAAUAAAUGCAAUGGUAAACUCUAUGGAGAGAGGGGGUCCAGUGGAGGGCAUGUGUCUGGUGUGUGUGUGUAUGUGUGUGUGUGUGUAGUGGUGAGGGUGUCAUGGAGGAGGUGACAUCUGAGCUAAGGGUGGCAGGUACCUGGAGUCUCAGGUGGCCGCUCACCUAUCUGUGCAGGUGUGUCUGG